AUGAAAAAAGUUAGUCAGAUGUAUGAAAACGAAGGUAAUGAAUAUACAAAUCGUCAUAAAAUGGAAGAAACAACAGCUAAAGUAUUUGCUUGUUUAUAUAAAAUGAAGAAUACCUUUUAUAAAACUAUGAAAAAAACAUCCUGUGGUAUUCGUUAUAAUCGUAAUCGUACGUCUGAUUCACCGAUCAAUUAUCAUUGUGAUGAAAAAUCUAAAAUAACAAAAUCUUUAAUCGAUAUUAGAUCAGAUGAUACAAUUUCAUCGAUUAGUGAACAUUCAACAGAUUCUGGUUUAUCAACAUUAAGUAACUUUUCACACUAUUCAUUACCAUCGUCAACUUCAUUAUUUAAUCGAACAAAACAAUUAGAAUCAAGUCAUCUAAGGUGUAAUCCAUCGAUCAUUAAUUAUGUUUCACAUAAUCUAUUAGCAAAUGAUUAUUCAGAAUUAUUUUUCGAUGAAAUACCACUUUUAGAACACAUUCCAUUAGCAGAAAGUAGUCGUCAGAUUUUAUAUGAAAAUGAAGAAUAUGAUCAAACUAUUAUUUGUACUGAUGACGAUGAACAAAAUGGACCUUUGACUUCAACAUUAAUUGAUGGAUGGUAUUCAAUAAUAAAACCAUAUUCAGCUACAUUUCGUCAAGAUUUAACUGUAAGAAAAAAUGAAUUUGUACAAAUUUUACAUUCAACACAUCCACAUUGGAUUUGGAUACGAAAUGAACAGAGUUAUGAAGGUUUUAUUCCAACGGAUUGUUUAUUUGUUUCUUAG